GUGUGCAGUGUGGGAGCAGCAGCAGCAGAGCCUGAUUCUUAAUGUGGUUUGAUGAACAGACGCAACGCGCUAACGUGUUAGUUAUUAUUACAGCAGAUUUUCAAACAGGGUUUUUAGGCAGGCUUCUUCACCAAACUGUUUAUCAGUCCCACACACGCCACUCGGCGUGCGCUUUGCUCUUUAUGAUCCCUUUUCCCACGACUUUCUGGGUCCGUGAAACCCUCUUCCCUGCGAACAGCUUAACCACACGCUUCGAUUAAUCGGAAUCCUCUUGAACUGUCAAUCAAGUUAGGCAAAUUGCAAAAAUGGCACUUUUUCACACACUCGGUAAUGUUUUGGCCUAACCAUUCCUCAACCGUUGCUAGGGACGCUCAUCCCUUAUAAAAUGGACGAGUUCCGGUGGAUCAGCCACAUUUGCAUACGCCAUGGUGUCGUUUGGUGCUGCAGCUUCUAAUCCACGGGACGCGGAAACUACGCCACAGUGGGACAUCUUCAAGCUGCAGCGUAAGAUCCUGCUCAUCUUUGGAGUCUGGCCAGCGGAUCGGUUGGUGCGCUCGUGGUAUGUGAAGGUGCUGAUUGCCAUCAAUCUGGCAACGCUUGCCAUCUGCAUGGUGGGUGAGUUUCUGCACGGGCUGUACGCUUACCAGGAGGGCGACCUGAGCGAAUCGAUCGAAAGCAUCUGCCCAACGGUGGCGCGAAUAUCGGGCUUCCUACGGAUGGUGUUUUAUCUUGCUAAUGAGGAGAAAAUCCACCGCGUGCUGAACAACAUCAGCAAGACGCUGCAAGACGAGCAUCCGCGGGAGCACACCAUCACCAAACAGCUGACAACGCUGGGGCAACAGUUUACCUUCUACCUAUUUCUGAUGAUGUUUUUUGCCGCAUGUCUCUACGGAGUUACACCCUUUUUUAUCAUGAUCUACAAUUGGGUCCAGGGACAGAGGCCGCUCGUCAAGCUUCUGCCGUUUAAGUUGGCCUUGCCCUUUGACUCCCAGAACCUUUUUCACUUUGUCGUAACCACACUAUUCCUGAACUACGCUUCGGCACCCACCAUAACCUCCCAGUCGGGAAGCGAUGCACUCUUCAGUGGAGUUUGCCUCUACAUUUACGGUCAGUUUCAAGCGAUCCGGCUGGAGGUGGAAGCACUCGCCGAAACGGUAGACAGGAACACGCUGAAAAGCUCCGUAGCUGAAACGCAUCGCAUCAAUCUCGAGCUGAGACGCAUCAGUAAGCGCCAUCAGGCAAUCAUUGACCUUGUGUCGGAGGUGCGGUCCGCCUUUACGCCGAAUGUGCUGCUCGUCUACACGGCCACCGCGAUCAUCAUGUGCAUCGUGUGCAUCGCCAUGCUUGUGGUGGAAGGAAUCUACAAGCUCACCUACCUGCCGUACGCGUUUGCCGAGCUGACGUUACUGUUUCUCUACUCGUACAGCGGCACAAUCAUCCGCGAUUCGAGUGAAGCCGUGCAGACGGUAGCGUACGAUUUCCCGUGGUACCGGUACGACCGCAACACUCGCCAUCUUAUACAAAUGAUGAUGAUUAGGGCGCAGUACGGAUCGAACGUUGAUGUGCCUUUCUUCGAAACCUCGAUGGCAAGCUUUUCGGCGAUCGUUCGUACAGCUUCAUCGUACAUCACACUGAUGAAGUCCUUUUUGUAACUUCGCUUGGCAACGUUUGUGGUUUGAUGUUUCAUCAUUACUGCAUUCACCGUAUCGUAUUCGUCGCUUAGGAAGAAUUGAAAAAUCUAUGCCAUAAGUAGGUUACCGGUAGUGGCACACCUUGGCAUUGAUGCUAUCAGCCUGCUACCAACACUUUCAGCAUAUCGAGGUGUACGUUGGUGCACAUUUUACGACUUCACAAUGACGUGCUGCAGCACAGAAUGCACAUGCGAACUUUAGUGAAACGCCACACACACACAUACACACUGGAGACGACAGCGUGCAACCACUGCUCGCGUGGCACAGUGGAAAGUUAAUUAUGCCUUUCUUAAUGAGUCUAAUAAAAGAUGUUAAUUGCUAGAAA